ACGGAUAGAGGAGAGGACCACCACCGGCACUCGCCAUUUCUAACUUUUCGUGUCACUUCAAUCUCUUCUUCUUCAACUCCCUCCCUUCGCACGCAUUCCCUUCUUCCAUCUUCCACACUCUUCCUUCCUUCCACUCUCGAUAAUCCCACUUUACCCUCCCAUUUUCACCGCAAAUCUCACCGAUUUCGAUGCUGAUUCGGUAAUUUAUUCGAUUGCGUGCUGCGUGUGCUCAAUUGUGUUCGAUUUCGAUGGAUUGGAUUUCGUCCGGUUAACGGCGGCGAUCGGCGGUUUUUAGGGUUCUGUGGUUUUGCGUUAUUUGCGGAAAUUAUUGGCGAAGGAAGUGGUAAGGUAAGUGAGUGGUUAGGGCUGUACGGAUUCUGUUGGUGAUUUUUUGCGAUUGAGAUGAAGAUCGAGGAGGUUGAUGAUGAUAUGACGGGUAGUGUGGUCGAAAUCGGGAGCAGGAGCGGUGGUAAGAACUGCGGUGGUAAGGAUCGGAGCCUGAUCGUUGUUCGAAUCGAUGCGAAGCGAGCUUUGGUCGGAGCGGGUGCUCGGAUCCUGUUCUACCCGACGCUGCUGUACAAUGUUUUUCGAAACAAAAUUCAAUCCGAGUUCCGAUGGUGGGAUGAAAUCGAUCAGUUUCUACUCUUGGGAGCUGUUCCAUUUCCGAAGGAUGUUCCGCGGUUGAAGCAGCUUGGAGUUGGUGGUGUAAUUACUCUUAAUGAGCCCUAUGAAACUCUGGUGCCAACAUCGCUGUACUAUGCACACGAAAUAGACCAUCUUGUGAUUCCGACCAGAGAUUAUCUCUUUGCUCCAUCCUUUCUGGACAUUAACAGGGCUGUCGAUUUCAUUCACAGAAAUGCUUCUGCUGGUCGAACAACGUAUGUACACUGCAAAGCCGGAAGGGGAAGGAGCACGACCGUUGUUCUAUGUUACCUGGUGGAAUACAAGCAUAUGAGUCCAGCAACUGCAUUUGAAUAUGUUAGAUCCCGACGCCCCCGGGUGCUAUUAGCUCCAUCACAAUGGAAGGCAGUGCAAGAAUACCAACAGCAACGAACGAUUUUCAAAGGGACGUGUAUGCCAGGAGAUGCCGUAUUUAUAACAAAAGCUGAUUUGGAAGGAUACGACAGCCGAUGUGACAGGAACCGCGGGAAGGAGCUGUCACUUAAGCCGAAAAUGGCGAGGGGGAAUCCAAUGAUUGCGCGAUUGUCGUGCCUGUUUUCAUCUCUCAAAGUUUCAGGUAAUUCCGGACCUGUUAUGAGGCGCCUGACGGAAGCGCCGGCCUGCUAGAUUCAAUUCGAUUCGAACCCCUCGGUUAAACACUACCAGGUGCGUAGAAAUGUUAAUAAUAGCGUACACGAGGUGCUUGUGACUUCUGAGGCCAAUAAAAACAGGCGAAUAUCAUGCCGCGCCCUGAGAUCUCGGUAACACAUUGCGCGCGUAUGUGUAAAUAUUUGUGUGUAUAUAUAUAUGUGCGUGUUUUAAGUCUAAA